CUAAUCCCUACCCGCUACGUGGGUUGUGCCUCUGUUGGGUUCACAAUUGCCGUCUAUGCUUUGUCGAGACAUGGUAUGCAAGAACUCAAUCUCCAUAUUGAACCUAACCCAAGUUAUAAAUUGCCCGAUAGUGUUUUCUUUUGUAGAACAUUAGUGGUUCUCAAAUUGGAAGGUGCGAUUAUUUUCAAUCCUCCUAGAUAUGGUUCUGAGUUCGCAGGUCUGAAGCUUCUAAAACUCAAUGUUUUCUAUGCAAACAAAGACUCUCUCUCCACGUUCCUAGCUGCCUGCCCAGUCCUCCAAGAUUUGACCCUUGAGAUUACUUACGAUAGCGACGUCGUGUUUGAAGGCAAGCUCAAUAUUAUAGUGCUCAUACCUACACUGAAAAGAUUUCAUUGCCAUAUUCUUUUUAGUACACCACCAUACAAACUCAAGAUGAACACCCCCGCUCUCAAAUACUUUUAUUUCAAAGGUCCUUUGACAAACGAUUUUGUGGUGGAAAACAUGCCCAGCUUGGUUGAAUCAGUCAUUGGAGUUGAAGAGGUUAUUGCGAGUCUUGAAGAUUAUGCAAACAGCGCACGUGACUUCAUCAGACCACUCUAUAAUGUUAAAUCGCUGGAAAUGAGCGUAGACACCGCAGUGCUCCUCCUCCAUGCUUCUGAACCUGAUGGCAUUACAUUGUUCCAUGAUUUAUCUUCGUUGAAGUUUUGUGGUGACCUUACCUGUGAUCAUGCAUGGCAUGCAUUACGACUUUUAAUUGGUCAGGCUCCAAAGCUUCAAAUACUUGCCUUUGAAUUGACGGAACAGUUUCCAUGUGCUUAUAGCCCACUUGAGGGUUUCUUGGUGGAGCCACAGGAUGUUCCUGGAUGGCUGUCAUCACAGCUUACAACUUGUCAUUAUGAUGGAUUUUUAGGGUUUCCAGUUGAGAUGGAACUUGUUAGACAGAUCCUGAAGGCAGCAAGUGUGUUAAAGACGAUGAAAAUCGUUAUUGAUAGUCAUCUAUACUCAAAGGAGAAGCUUCGAAUUCACGAGGAAUUAGGGAACUUCCAAAGGACCUCUCAUAUUUGUCAAAUAGAAUUUGACGAAGGACAUUUCAAAGCUUUUGACAUUUUAGAUGAGCUUGGUGUUUAUGACGAUUUGCUAGAGUGUGCUGAUGGUACAAGUGUGUUGUUGGCUGAGAUGCAAGUGUGCUGUUGACUAAGAUGCAAGCUAUUGUGACACGUGGCUGACAGAAUGUAGAAUUGGAACGGGUCAUGUGCUAGAAUUGUAAUGAGUCAUAUGCUGAAUUGUAAUGAGUCGUGCGGGAACAGUUAGUUGUAAUUGACUAGAGUCAGUUGUAAGAGAUAAUGAGAGAUAUGAAAAAGAAUUUAGGCAAACUACUACUUGUUUCUCUUAACCAUUCUUUAUCUCUUCCACUCUUCAUAGUAGGCCUGGUUUUCCUCGAAUUCAACCAUCCUUAUAGACCUAUUAUUUAUUGUUAAGAAAAAACUUUACAGCAUGCAAGGUUUCAAAUGGUCAGAAUAAAACAACACAAUGGUUAAUAAAAGAUACAACUAAUUUACAUUUCAGUGAAUAUAAUACAUAAUAAAACAGUUUAUAGUUUGCUUUCCUGUUUAUCUUUUAGAAAAACUUGCUAUAUGAAUUGCCAUUUGGUAGAGUGUUGGAUGACAAAGAUGGAUGUUUCCUCAAUAUCCUAUAUUCAUGUUCACUACUAUGACUCUACGACAGAAUGUUGCCUAUUAUAUUUUCUUUGUCAUCUCGUUGAUAUUUUGAUAUAAGUUUAGGAAAAUUUCAAAGCUGGUAUUAGUUCUCAGAAUAUGGACAAAUGGUUUACAGUAUGUCAAGAAAUAGAUACUGUGAACAACUGUUAGACAAAAAGCAUUCACGGUAACUUUCAAAUUUUUUUCCCCGGUGUCUGCUUGCUCAUUAAAGUGUGUUUACUCGUUAUCCUUUCAUAUCAGACAAAUCUUUGCUCUUUAGAUCACUUGUUUUGAAGC